AUGUCAGUGCACACCGCCAACGAGACGACGCCCUCGCCGACGCCCACCCCAGGCGGUGCUGGUAAAGAGGACGGGGAGGCGGGCGAUGACCAAGGCGAGCCCUCAAAGACUGCUCCAGCGGGCAAGAGCAGGGGUCCACUUGCUCCCAGAGGCAUUCCCUUCUCUGUGGGUCCUUCUGCAAUUCCUCCAAAAGAGGAGACACCCAGCUCCUCUGUUCAGGACUCAUCCAAGGCGCCCAGUGUUCGAAGUGGCGGUAAAGAUGAGGGGAAGAGUGCUCCCAGUCCCAGGGAUGGCAAGGAUGGAGCCGGUAAGGAGCCGGCAAAGGAGGACAUCGGCAGCGGCGACAAGGAUGAUGCCCCCAGCCCGGCCAUGGUCUCCGCCAAAAGCACUCCGGUGCCCAGUCCGGUGGAGCAGGAAAAGGCUAGCCCUGCUGGCAAGGACAGCGGCGGUGCUCCCAUCGCUCCUCGAGGCGUUCCCGUCUCAGGUGGCGGCUCCUCGAAGAAGCCUGACGAAGAUGAGGGUGCUAGCGGCACUCCCGGUACCUCUGCUAAGGACUCCUCCCAAGCUCCCAGUGCCAAAAGUGAGGCGCAGAGUGCCACUCCUGGUGCUGCCGGCUCGGAGAAAAGUGGAACUCCCGGUGACAAGGACUCAGCUGGUGGCGGCGAGGCGACGCCCACUCCCACCGCUGAGGAUGGGCAGCCUAAGGGUACUCCAGUUCGAAAGGGCAAAGGACCCAUCGCUCCGAGAGGUGUUCCCGUUUCAGGGGGUUCCUCGAAGAAGCCAGCUGAUGACGCUGAUGGCAAUGUCACUCCGAGCCCAUCUGCUAAGGAGGAAGAGCCCUCACAGACUCCCAGUGCCAAAAGUGAGGCGCAGAGUGCUCCUCCGGCGAGUGCCACUCCCGCAGGAACAGAGGAGGAUGGUGGUGGCAGUGCUGGCCCAUCAAAGAGCAAAAGUGUGACUCCAGGCAAGGAGGACUCGGCCGGAGCUUCGGCAACUCCCACUCCCGGUGAACAUCAGGAUGAACCAUCGAAGGGUGGCACUCUAGCAGGAACAGAGGAGGAUGGUGGUGGCAGUGCUGGCCCAUCAAAGAGCAAAAGUGUGACUCCAGGCAAGGAGGACUCGGCCGGAGCUUCGGCAACUCCCACUCCCGGUGAACAUCAGGAUGAACCAUCGAAGGGUGGCACUCUAGCAGGCAAAGACAGCAGUGCUCCCAUUGCUCCGCGAGGCGUUCCCCUCUCAGGGGGCUCCUCAAAGAAAGACCCAGCUGAUGGUGGCACUCCGAGCCCGUCUGCUAAAGACCGCUCUGCCGCUCCCUCUCAGGAUGAGCCCUCAAGGGCCACUACCCCAGCUGGCAAGGACGCCUCUAAGGCACCGGGUGGCAAAAAGGGCGAAAAAGGUGCUCCCAAGGCGGAAAAAGACGGCGGUAAAGAGCCGGCAAAGGAGGACAUCGGCGGCAGCAAAGAUGACGCCCCGACGCCGGCCAUGGUCUCCGCUAAGAGCACUCCAGUGCCCAGUCCGGUGGGAGAGCAGGCCAAGGCUAGCCCAGCUGGCAAGGAUUACGCUGCCCCAAUCGCUCCAAGGGGUGUUCCCGUCUCUGGUGGCUCUUCAAAGAAGCCCGACUCCUCAGCUGGUCGCUCUCAGCCAGCACCAUCACCUGCUGAUGGUCGUUCCCAGCCGGACUCUUCUGCUGCUGAUCGAGCUCAACCUCAGUCAUCUGCUAGCAGCUCAGAACCAACUCCUGCUGGUCGAUCUCAGCCCAGCUCUUCAACUGAUCGUUCCCAGCCAGCGCCUUCUUCAGCUGAUGACCGUUCCCAGCCCGACUCCUCGGCUGCUGCUGAUCGCUCUCAGCCUGAGUCUUCAGCUGAUGCCACUGCUACUCUGAGCCAGUCAGCCAAAGAGGAGGAGCCUUCGCAAACUCCCAGCGCCAAAAGUGAAAGCAAAGCUCCCAGCGCCAAAAGUGAAGCACCAAGUGCCCAGCCCAGUGCUACUCCCGGAGCAGAGGAGGAUGAUGGCGGUGGCAGUGCUGGAGUUCCGUCAAAGAGCAAAAGUGUCACUCCAGGAAAGGACUCCGCCGAAGCUUCGGCAACUCCCACUCCCAGUCAACAGCAGAGCGAGCAGCCCAAGGGUGGCACUUCAGCAGGCAAAGACAGCAGUGCUCCCAUUGCUCCUCGAGGCGUUCCCCUCUCGCUGGGCUCCUCAAAGAAGCCUGACAAAACUGCUGGUGAGGAGGAGGAAGAGGGAGGAGGUAGCGCUCCACGCCCAUCUGCUAAAGAGCCAUCAUCAAAGGCGCCCAGUGUUCAAAGUGGCGGUGGAAAAGAUGAAGGAAAGAGUGCUCCCAAGGCGGCUACUCCCGGUCCCAGGGGUGGCAAGGAUGGAGCCGGUAAAGAGCCGGGAAAGGAGGAUGGCAGCAGUGAUGAUGCCCUCACCCCGGCUAUGGUCUCCGCCAAGAGCACUCCAGUGCCCAGUCCGGUGGUGGUGCAGUCCAAGGGUGGCACUCCAGCUGGCAAGGACAGCGGCGGUGCUCCCAUUGCUCCCCGAGAUUCGUCAUCUAAGCCGCCAUCCAGCGGAAAAAGUGGAGAUAAAAACGCUCAGCCUAGUGCCACUCCCGGAGCAGAGGAUGAUGAUGGUGGUGGCAGUGCUGGCCCAUCAAAGAGCAAAAGUGUGACUCCAGGCAAGGACUCGGCCGGUGCUUCAGCAACUCCAACUCCCGGUGAACAGCAGGAUGAACCAUCGAAGGGUGGCACUCCAGCAAGCAAAGACAGCGGUGCUCCCAUUGCUCCUCGAGGUGUUCCCAUUUCUGGGGGCUCCUCGAAAAAGCUUGACAGCAAAGAUGACGGUAGUGUUCCGAGCCCGUCUGCCAAGGAGGAGUCCUCAAAGGCUCCCAGCGCCAAAAGUGAGACCCCAGCAAAGGACUCUGCCGCUCUUUUGCAGGAUGAGCCCUCCAAGGCUACUGCUACUCCAGCUGGAAAGGAAGCUCCGGGUGGCGAAAAGGGAGAAAAAGGUGCCCCCAAAACGGGCAAGGAUGGAACCGGUAAAGAGCCGGCAAAGGAGGACAUUGGCAGCGGCAAGGAUGAUGCCCCCACCCCGGCCAUGGUCUCCGCAAAGAGCACUCCAGUGCCCACUCCUGUGGAGCAGUCCAAGGGUGGUACUCCAGCCGGAAAGGACAGCGGUGGUGCUGCCAUCGCUCCGAGGGGUGUUCCCGUCUCAGGGGGCUCCUCAAGGAAGCCUGACGACGGUGGUGCUCCGUCUGCUAAGGACAAGGAGGAGGAGGAACCAUCACAAGCUCCCAGUGCCAAGGAGGGCAAAGCUCCGCAGUCCGGCACUGCACCCAGCUCUGCCGCCAGUGAGCAGCAGCAGCAGCCAACCAGCUCAAAGUCGAACAUUCCAAUGGCCGCUCCGGACAGCACCAAAUCCAGUGAAACUCCCUCACCGUCGUCGCCCUCCUCUGCCGUCCUUCGACUGCCGGCCAGUCUCUCGAAGAUUCCCAUUCGCACGCCCUCUCCCUCGCCUGUUCCGCCCGCUUCUGCAAAGAGGAAGAAAAGUAGUGAGGGCGACAAAGACCGCUCUCAGCAGCCUUCGGCAAAGAAGGAGAAGAGGGGUUCUGAAGAAGGUCAGCCGCUGAAGGGGCGAACCGUGGACCUGUCCUCCUCGCCCGGGCCCUCGCAGCAGCAGCCCUCGGCGCCACCCUCGGCGUCAUCUCAGCCGCCGAGCAGUGCUGCGGGCCAGAGUGCAGGCGAACCGGAUCGCUCCCAGCUGCCUGAUUCUUCUUCCGCUGUUGCUGAUGGUCGCUCCCAGCCAACUCCUUCUGCUGGUGGUAGUGGUGGUGGUGGUCGUUCUCAGCCGCCAUCUUCUGCCGAUGAUCGAUCUCAGCCACCCGACUCUUCAGCUGCUGCUGAUGGACGUUCCCAGCCACUUUCCGCGGGCAGCUCCAAGUUGACGCCUUCAGCUGGCGGCGGUCGCUCCCAACAGCCCGACUCUUCAGCUGCUGAUCGCUCCCAGCCACCGCUAUCUUCUGCUGGCAGCUCCAAGGCAACUCCUUCUCCUGGUGUUCGUUCCCAGCCCGAGUCUGCUGCUGCUGCUGAUCAAUCGCAGCCGGCAUCUUCUGCUGCUGAUGGUGGUGGUCGCUCUCAGCCCGACUCUUCAGCUGCUGAUCGCUCCCAGGCCACUCCUUCUGCCGGUGGUGGCCGUUCACAGCCUGAUUCAUCAGCUGCUGAUGCUGAUCGCUCCCAACCACCAACUCCUUCUGCUGCUGAUGGUGGUCUAAGCUCCCAGCCGCCCGAUUCUUCUGCGGACCGUUCCCAGCCUUCGCAGCCCUCCUCUGCUCGCAGCUCAGGCGCCCCAAGUGCUGGUGGUAGUCCGCUGAAGGGGCGCACCGUGGAUCUGUCCUCCUCGCCUGGGCCUUCGCAGCAGCAGCAAAAGCCAGAGCAGGAGCCAAAGGAACAAGAUGAGAACCAGAAGGAGGAGCCGCCCGGCAAGUCUGCUCGAACUGCUCCUCCUCCUCCUUCUCCUGGCAAAGACAAAGACAAAGCAGACCAGCAGCAGGCCAAGGAGGAGCCGCUCGACCUGUGGGAGCCCGACUCGGAGACGGAGCCCUGGGCGAAUGUCAACUCGAGCAAGGACGAGCCUCCACCGGCGCCGGGCAAAGAGAGCCAAGCUCCUCCAGGCAAGAAGCAGCCUGAGGAGGAGGACCCGGAGAAGACCUGGCCGACGCCGGUUACCGACAAGCGGGAGAUGCCCGCCUCAAAUGAGGCUGAGGAGCCGCCGGCAAAAACUCCCAGCUCAGUGCAACAGUCCUCGAAGAAGCCGCCCUCGGAUGAGGCGUUGCGCAUUCGCUCCGCCCGCGACCUGGCGAAGCUCUCCCCCGAGGAGCUGAAGUUUCUCGACAACAACUACUACAAGCGACCGGAAGAGAAGCCGGAAAAAGAAAACACUGGAAAAGAGGAGGACCCAAAGAAAAAGAAGAAAAAGAAGACAAAACCGAGCAAAGCCGCCGCCGGCACUGAUGGAGGAAAGCAGCCGCCGCCCUCACCGAAAAAGGAUCCCGAAGGCAAAGGCGACCAAACGCCGGCCAAGGAUUUGCAGAAGGGUACUCCUGCUGAGCAGCCCAAAAGUACUCCUGCUGGCAAGGACAGCGGCAGUGCUUCCAUCGCUCCUCGAGGCGUUCCCCUCUCAGGGGGCGGUUCCUCAAAGAAGGGCCCAGCUGAGGAAGACGCAGGUAGUGCUCCGAGCCCAUCUGCCAAGGAGGAGAAGGAGGUAGAGCCUUUCCAAGCUCCUAGUGCCGAUAGUGGGACGCGGAUUACUGCUUAUCCGGCCACUCUUGGCUCUGCUGGCUCUGCGGAGAAAAGUGCAACUCCCGGCGACAAGGACUCUGCUGGUAGUGGGAGUGGUGGUAGUAGUGGCAAGGCGACGCCCACUCCCGCUGCUGAGGAUGGGCAGCCCAAGGGUACUCCUGCUCAAAAAGACAAAGGACCCAUCGCUCCGAGAGGCGUUCCCGUCUCAGGGGGUGGCUCCUCAAAGAUGCCUGACGAUGCUAAUGGCAGUGUCACUUCGAGCCCGUCUGCUAAGGAGGAGGAGCCCUCGCAAACUCCCAGCGCUGCUGGUGCAGGCAAAGAUUCGUCAUCAAAGCCGCCAUCCAGCGGUAAAAGUGGAGAUAAAAGCGGAGUUCCGGCCAGUGCCACUCCCGGAGCAGAGGAUGAUGGUGGCGGAAGUGCUGGCCCAUCAAAGAGUAAAAGUGUGACUCCAGGCAAAGACUCGGUCGGAGCAUCGGCAACUCCCACUCCCGGUGAGCAGCAAAGCGAGCAACCCAAGGGUGGCACUCCAGCGGGCAAAGACAGCAGUGCUCCCAUUGCUCCCCGAGGCGUUCCCCUCUCUCUGGGCUCCUCAAAGAAGCCAGCCAAAGCAGAUGAAGAAGAGGGAGGCAGCAGCACUCCACGCCCAUCUGCUAAGGAGCCCUCCUCAAAGGGCCCUAAAAGCCUGCCCGCCCUCGAUGACUCCUCCGAGCCGUCGACCACCAUCACACUGCAGUCCUCGGAGAGCAAUCUCGCCCCUCAGUCUCAGAAGCAGCAGUCACCGGAGACCACCCCGGCGCCCUUUGAAAAUGCCCCGCCCAAGGGCGGUCACAAGCCCAUCCUCCACCAGAAGUCCAAUGUGGCGCUGCAGCGCGGCGCUCCGCUGCCAAAGGAGAAACAACAGCAAAAACCGCAAACCGAGCCCGAACCGACCGGCGACCCCGAGGUGGACGAGCUGAUGAGGCAGGUCAACGAUGCGGUGGGAGGCAGGAAGAGAACUCCUAAAGAGAAAAAGGACGAUGACGACCAGGAGCUGGUGCCCUUGGAAGAGGAGGAGGAGCUUCCCAAAGAAGGGGAGGCGCAGAAAGCUCCUCCAGCCCCGCCCAAGUCCUUUGACACCGCCGCCAGCCGUCCAGUUUCAGCAGGCCCAGAGGAGGAAGAGGUGGCCCCGGUCUCAGCUAAGGCUCCCGCCGCCGACCCUCAGCUGGCGCCCCACCUGGAGUUCCUCCAGCAGCAGGAGAAGUUCCUCAAUGAGCUGUGCGCCCUGGUGGGCAUCAGCGUGCCCUCGCCCCGGCCCCUGCCGACGCCCAUCACCGAUAAGGCCGACCUGGUGCGUCGCCAGAAGGCCCUGGUCCAGCGGGAGGAGCUCUUCAAGGCGAAGAUGCGGGCGAUGCAGAAGUAG